UACAGAGACACUUAACUUGGGUGUAAUACAUAUGCUUGUCUAUACCUUCUAUUUUUUCUUGUUGAUAUAUCAAUGAAUGAUUUAUAACAAACUACAACAAUAGAUUUUGAAAAAUUCAAGCACAAUCAAAUUUUUAAAAUUGUACUGUUCUCUGCACAAGAAAUCGGCAAUGUGAACAAAUUGGCACCCUAUUAUACCUACCUUUAAUUGUACAGAAUAUGUUUCCUUCUAUAUUGAAAACAAUGCCAAAAGUAAGACUCAUAAAAAGUUGUUUACUCAAGAAAAGGGAAAAACAAUUUGUAAUAAUUAAUAAUUCCGUAUGAUGUGAUAAUAUUUCAAUGAUUAGUUUAUAAUCAUUACAGUACUAGUGUAUGCCUGUAUACAUAAAAAACGAUAACUAAUGCUUCUAUUUAUUGGUGAAACCUUGACUAAUUAUUUAUAUUUAGAUUAAAACAUGUUUUAGAUACUAAUCUUCAUGCGCGGAGGGGUUCUAUAAAGGAGGGGGUCAGGGGGUCUGGACUUUCCUCGGGAAAAUUGAAGCUUAUUUAAUUAACAUAGAAAAAAUUAUUGAAAAUUGGCCCAGGACCCCCCUACCGAAACAAAAACUGCCUCUGCUUGUGAAGCUCUCUAUCAUAACCACAUUUUUACACAAAAAGGGUGAAUAAAGUCGGGGUUUAAACUAUCGGUGGUGAAAUACCCCAGGGUUCAAACGCAUCAGGUUGAAAUGCACCAGGGCAAACAAAAUCACUUAGAUCUGCGAAACACACUGCAUUAUUACUAGUCUACUUGAAUAUUCUAUAUGUAAAAUUAGUUAGUUAGCUAGGGAGAAGUAAAUAUAGCAUUUAUUUGUAUAUAAGAGCAUGUACUAAUAAUCUUUAUUUAGAACAGUUUGAUGUCGCUAGGAUACGUGUUUUCAGAUCCUUGAUUUGAUUGGUUAAUUUGAUAUUGAAUCUCGAAUUUCGAAUCUUGAAUCCCGUAUUUCGAAUCUCGUAUUUUGAAUCUCGUAUCUCGAAUGAUCCUUCUCGGCUUUCGUAGAUACUUUUUUAAAUAACAAAUUAUUUUUUUCAACAGAAUCGUUACACCACGAGACUAGGUACAUGCAUACAUGCUACUUUCGCAAAAUUCAUCUACAAAGAAACAAAAGCUUCUGCAACAAUUCUGUUGAUACGCAUAGUUACACAUAACUAGAUCAAGAAAAUAGUAAUAACAUGAAUUGAGGUAAUAAAACCCAUAUCUUAACUAAACAAGAAGAAGAGAACUCCGUGAACAAUUAUUUUUAUUUGGCGGGAUUUAUCAGAUAUAAAACUUAAAACCCAUCACCCCUUAUUCCGGAAUUCCACAGCUGUAAAAAGUAUCUCCCUUGCUACAUUACAUACCAAUUAACCCAACUAAAAAAUGGGGUAGGGUGGCUGAACCCCGAAUAACAACCCGUCACAAACUACUCGUAUUAAUUUAAUACAAAUCUGAGAUAACAAAAAUGUAAACAUAAUAAAGUCUGCCAUUGAAAUGUUACUUUAAUGUGACUAAAUGACAUAGCUCUGUCAAUCAGACAGUUGACUGAAUGACAGAGAUGUAUCCUAUUAAUUACAAUGUUCUUAACAACUGAAUGACAAUUAUAUUUGCAUGGCUGUUUAAAAUUGCUUAAAACAAACUGUUAAUAUACAUUACUAGAACAUAUCUGUUCUGCAUCACAAAAAAACGCAUGUGUAAAACUAAAUCAAUGCAGCAACUUCACUCUACUCCAAUAACGGUAAAUCUAAACCUUCCCUGUUUUAUGAACAAUACAGUGGACAAAUAGUCAUUACCAUUAUAAAAUUAUAAAAAAGAAAAGAAUCUUAAACUUAGCAAACGGAAAGUCUGGGAAUGUUGAACUAUAUUUUAUAUAAUGCCAAGUUUGCAAUACCUCUUAUGUGACCAUUUCAUUUAAACGCUCAUAGUUAAAUUACAGAACCUGAAAUUAAAGAAAAAUAAACAAUUAGACAAGAUGUGUGAAGUACAAAACAAAUCUGUCACAGAUACAUGAUAUCUAAAAAUACAAGAGCACGUCGUGCAGAUUGCUGUCACACCCUUUAUUUCCUAUUGUCUUAUUACUCAGGUGAAAAUUUAGCAUUUUCUAGAAUAUAAUCGUUUUGUAAUGAUUAUGCGGUAUUACAAUAAACGUUGUGAUAAACAAGCUUAUCUUUUAAAAAGAUUGGUAAGCUAGCGCCGUAGCCUCCCUAAAACAAGAAUCAGAUUUCUAAAUCAUUGAUUAAAAUUCCUGAAUCGAUUAAUAAACAAUAAGAAGGCACAGUGUCUCAAUUUAACUAGAAUUGUGAAUCUAGAGUGGGCUUCACAUCGGCAGUGGCAUAGCUCAUUGACUGUGACUAAAUCAUUAUGUUUCUACUGUUAUUUCAAUUUCGAGGUGAAAAUUUUCAAGAACCAUUGGUGCUGUUGUGUAGCAAUCGUAUCUUCUCGGGCCUUUUCGGCAAGCUCGGAAAACAUAUGCGAGGUUGUUUUCCGAGCUUGAAGGAAUUUAAGAUAAAGCCAGCUAUUUAUUAUAUUUAAAAUAACUUUGCAUUAAGACCUAAGCUACUGUUAUUUUUUGAUAUUUUCAAUAAAACACAAAACUUCAUGUGAGGAUGAUAAAACGAAAUUCAAAUAGUACAGUUUAUCUACAGUAGUACAGUAUUCCCAGAAUCCCCCACUAUGGAGUCGAGCAUGCGUAUUCCAGUGAAAAAGACUAACGUAGUUGCUAGCGCUCGAGAGCGCUAGCAAUUAGAUUUGGGUGGGAAAAUGGAAUAACCUGACUACCCUUGGCGUGGACUUCUCCAAGGUUAUAUAAACAGCUAUGCUGUCGAAUCUGGAGAGUCGCCUGUGAACAGCGGAGUAUAGCGGACACGAUAGAAAUAAAGAAAAUAGAAAGAAGGAAGAAUAUAGUCGAGAGGUUGGGUCAACAAAAGAUACAGUCGGUACAGAAUUUGGUUUAUUUAUCAACGCGCUGACAUGGUUCCAUGCAAUUUGCUAGUUGAUACCGGUGCAACAUUAUCAAAUCUUGGUGAUCUUGGUGAUGGAAUAUUUGAAAAGAUAGAGAAAGCUGGGCAUUUGUGUUUGAAACCAGUUACACAAAACAUAGUGGGUGCAGAUUGAACCCCUUCGGAAGUUAAAGAAAAAGGAAAUUUUAGAAUCCAACUUUACAUGUACGGCUGUUGUAGCUAACAUGAAAGCCGACGGAAUAUUAGGUCAUGAUUUCCUUAAAUCCAGUUAGUGUCUAGUAGACGUAUCUCAAAGUGAGAUGUAUUAGAAAAGGGUGGAGCAUGCAUUACAGUUACAAGGCCACAUUGGGUGUUCCCAUAUACGAUUGACAGAAAAUAAUGAAAAAUUGAUGAGUUCAAGAUCCUUGUUUUGACUUCAGUUUGAAGAUAAGUGGAGUAACCAUUUGUUGGCUUGUAGUUUGGAAGACAUGUACAAACGGAAGUUUGAAUGCAAGUUUUGUGAUCAAGCCUUUGGGAAAAAGACAAUUUUAACUAGGCACAUCAAACAUGCAAAUCAAAAAAGUCCACGGUGACGACCAAGUGAGAACGGCUACGCAAGACCGGGCUCCGGGAUCAUGAAACUGUCUUAAAUCUUAAGUCAGACUUAAGUCAAUAAAUUUGCACUUAAAUUUUAAGAUUGUUCUGUGGAAGUUGUGGAUCACAAAAAAAUGACUUAGGGUUAAGCCUUCAAUAUUGUAUUAAAUCUUAAGACUGCUAUUAGGCAAACUUAAGUAUAAUAAAGAUUGUUACUAAGUAACUUCAAAAUGGCGGCACUUGUUGGAUUUUUAAGAAGAAAUGAUCAGAGAAGGCGGCUCCCUCGUCCGCGCAUGUUUCGAGACCGUCUCAAUCCAUUAGAAUUACGGACAGACGACGAACUCUUUGAGAGGUAUCGUUUUCGUCGGCCCACUAUAAUAUAUAUCUGUGAUAUGAUUGCCGAUACGGUGAGUCAUGGAACGAGGAGGUCCAUGGCUCUCCCACCAAUGCUUCAACUUUUGGUGUUCCAGAGGUUUGUGGCGACUGGGGCUUUCCACCAGCUCCUUGGAGAUACCGUGCAUGUGUCAAAGGCCACGGCUGGACGAUGUAUCCGGAGAGUUGCCUCGGCUAUCGCCAAUGCUGUCGGAAGAUUCAUCCGCUUUCCGACCGGUCAGGAGGCAUUAAACGUGAAAAGGAAGUUCCAUGCCAUCGCAGGAUUUCCAAAUGUGCUAGGUUGUGUGGAUGGCACUUUCAUCAGGAUUCAAACACCCUCUGAAAAUGAGCCGGAUUAUGUCAAUAGAAAGGGAUACCACUCCCUAAAUGUCAUGAUGACAUGUGACACCAAUUUUUUGGUAACCAACUGUGUGGCAAAAUGGCCAGGAUCUUGUCAUGACUCAAGGGUCUUCAGAGAGAGUACUUUAUGCCAUCAGUUUGAAAAUGGUCAGCAUGAUGGAUUACUCCUGGGCGACUCCGGAUAUCCCUGCAGGACAUACCUGAUGACCCCAUUCACCGCCACCAACGAUAUGAGGUAUCGGGAGAGGUACAACACAGCCUUAUGCCGUACCCGCGUACUCAUAGAGCAAACAUACGGAAUUCUCAAGAGGAGGUUCCCCUGUUUAGCAGUUGGGUUGCGGACAGACCCAGGUAGAGCAUGUCAGUAUGUUGUCGCUUGUGUGGUUUUGCAUAAUGUCGGCAUCCUGCGACAGGACAUUGUAACUCUCAGUCUAGAUGACCUGACAAUAGCUGGACCAGACAUCCAGGAGAUUGGAGACCCAGCGAACAACAACGGCUUUGGUUACCGUGAAUUCAUUGCCAGGCAAUGUUUUGAUCAUUAAUCUAACUACCAGUAUUUCUGACUAAACAUUUAUCAGUGACAAAAUAAAUAUAAUUAAUUAGGUUUAUUUCCAUUUAUUAGUUUAUUCCGAAUUGAAAGAUCUCCACUCUCUCUAUCCAUGCACUCCUCUCUCUUUAUACCCUUUCUCUAUCUUCUCAUUCUCUUAAAUUUCCUUAUACUUUUCCUCUUUAUCUAUAAUACUAUCUCUAUCUACUAUUCUCUCUCAGACACACACACUCUCUCUCUCUCUAUCUCUCCUCUUUAUCUACUCUUUUUCUCUCUCCAACUCUCUCUCUCUCUUAACACUAGCUCUUUAUAUAUCUAUUCCUCAUUCUCCUAAAUUUCUUUAUACUUUUUCUCUUUAUCUAUUAUACUCUCUGUUUACUCUAUUUACUCUUCUCACUCUUGGAUUUCUCUCUCUCUCUGCACUCUCUCUCUCUCUCUCUUUCUCUCUCUCAUUUCCAUAACAAUAUAAAUAAAUCACCCAUCUUCCUGUUUUUCUGUAAUGUGAAAGCUGUAGAAAUUAAUUACUAUCAGAUCAAUCAUUGUGGUCAUCCUCUAGCUGACUUUUACUGAUGUUGUAAAUUAAUUGUCUCUUAUGAGUUGUACUUGUCUUUUAUAUACAUGUACAUUAUAACUUUCAAUAUCUUCAUUUUUAAUUUAAUAAUUAGUACUUUGUAAUUUGAUUCCAUAAAAAAAAGAAAAUAAGACAAUUAACUGAUAACAACGCUUGUAAUUUAUUGUAUUAACAUUGUGUCAUUUAAAUUUCAUUUGAAAGCAAAUGUAAUGAAAUGUAACAUUGAAUAAUUUACUUAUACAUGUAUUA